UUGUGUGCUAGCUCGUAACAUUGUGGAAUAUUAAACUUAAAAUAAACGCUUUUAAUAUAUAUACAACAUACAACUCAAAAAGUGUUUAAUAAUAUUAUUAUAAAAUAAUAUUAUCUAUUCACGGUCAGUCACUUGGUACAGUCGUUGGAAAUCGAAGUGUUUCAAACUGUAAUAAAGUGCGAUAACAGUAGCUAAUAUUUUAUCAAUGUUAUCUCUGUUACAUCCUAGUUCAAUUCCCUUGACCACAAUCUGAUGUCGUAGUUUGUUUCUAAUGCGCGAUCCAAACCUUUUAUAACCGUAUCACGAAAAUGUCUUUACUAGCAUAUUUAAACCCUUUUAAAGUGUUCAGAGAGUUCAUUCGGCAGCCCGUUGAGGCUUUCGUAACCGAUCAAUAUAUUGGCUAUAAGAAAAAGACAAAUGACAGUAUAACAAGUGUUAAAGAUUUAAUUUAUAGAGGCGGAAUUAUAGCUGUGUUCCUUUCGGCUAUUUUGUGGAUUUCUGUAUUCAUGUAUAUAGUAUUUUACUACACAUAUAUGCCCAAUGUUACACAUGUGAGGCCAGUUCAUCUACAAUUCAAAUCAUGUGAAGACCAGGCUGGUAUAUGUUCAUUUCCAUAUGCCUAUGUACAGCUAACCAGGGGUAGCUAUGUACUAAUGUCUGGACAGCCCUACAGAAUCAAACUGGUGAUGGAUGUGCCUGAGUCACCAAGUAAUAAAGAGCUGGGCAUGUUCAUGGUGUGUCUGCAGAUGAGAGCAAAAGGUGGAACCCUUGUGUCCUCUUCAUGCCGUUCUGCCAUGCUGACAUACAGAUCUAAACUGCAUCACUACAUCCGCACGACGCUGUUUUCUCUGCUGUUUGUAAGCGGGCUGGAUGAAGAGACACAGAGGAUACAAGUGGAGCUGUUUAAUAGCUUCGAGGAUGAUGUGAAUUCCCCAGUGACUGAUGCGUACGUUGAAUUACAGUCGCGCUACGUACAAGUGCACUCGUGCGAACUUCACAUCGAAGCUCACUUCGCAGGCCUGCGGUACGCGAUGUACUUCUGGCCAAAGACGACUGCCCUCAUUGGUAUUUGUACAAAUCUGUUCUUCACAUCUCUUGUGUUCAUACUGAGCUGGUAUCACUUGCAAGACGGAUUGGCUGAAUUUAUAAAGAGAAAAUUGAAGAAAGAAAUUCUAACUGAGAAAAGUGAAAAGGAAGAAAAGUCAGUUGGGAAAAUGAAACUGGAGCGAGAAGAUUCGUUCCCGUUCUUAGAAGAAGAGUCAUUGAUAGAAGAAUUUCGGAAUCUGGAGAAAAAAGAAAAGAAGACUUAAUUAUCUUAAUUUAAUUUAGAUGGAAUUAUUUAUUUAAUAUAACGAGUUAACUCAAAAAUUUUAGACUGAUAUAUAUAAAUAUAGAAUUGAGAAAUCAAAAACAUAUUAUAUGAAAUCCUUAUAUAUUUAUAGGUACGCCUAGAUAGACUGUAACAGUUGUGAACAUGUCGAAAAAGCGGCGAACUGCCAGGCUCUAUAUUCAGCAACAAACGCACACUAUAACAAACGAAUGACUUAUUAGGAGUGUAAGACGUAGCUGUCAUGCAUACUAAAGUAAUAAACCUAGCCUGUUGUCAUGCAUCGCCUAACAGCAAGAGACUAUCUAGACGUAUAAACUAUCUACAAAGAUAUGUAAUUAUGUAUACAUAUUAUAUUAUAUUUAUAGGAUACAGGAAUUAAGGGAAAUGUUUAUUGGAAUAGUUAUUUACGGUUUUCUUUCACUAUAUUAUUGCAAUAAAUGACAUUUAGUAUUAUUUUAGUACAAAUUUAUAUUUUUAUUUUGAGAUUGCAUACAUUUAAAUUUCUAUUUAUUAAAUUAUGGUAAAGAUUUUAUGUUGGGAAUAAAUGUUGAGAUGUAA